CUUCCAUCGCUCCGGGUUGUGAUGGUGAAGUUGUUCGUGGGUAAUCUCGCAGACACUGUUGACUCGACCAAGCUGAAACAAGUCUUCCAACAAUUCACCAAAGUAACGGAGUGUGAUGUUGUUAAGAAUUAUGCGUUUGUGCACAUUGAGGACGACGACGUGCAGUCCAUAAUAUCUCGUUUGAAUGGCUACACAUUGGAGGGAAAAAAUAUUCAUAUACAAUUGUCAACAUCAAAGCUACGUUCUCAGCCUGGAAUGUCUAAUCAGUGCUUUCGCUGUGCUUCGACUGAUCAUAAAACUCCAAAUUGCCCAAAAGAUCCCAAUAAUCAAAUUACUCAGACCAUCAAGAUUGACUUAACAGGUGCAGUGAAACGACCGGCUGGAAAGUCUAUUGAAGGAGUCAUUCAUAUUAUUUUCAGUGAACUACAACAGUUGUAUGAGGAAUACAAUUUAUCUCGUCAACGAUACAGCUAUUAUCGUGAACGCCUACAAAAGGAGAUUCAUGCCAAACGCAAUGGCAGUGUGUCCGGCGGAUCAGUCUAUGUAACACCGCUUGCGCCAACAAUAAGCGCCACAUCAACACAGUACUGCUUCUUGCAGCUUUGUUAUAAUUUUAGAUAA